AUGGACAUUUUGUCCAGUCUUCAACAACCUGACUACAACCCUGACAACUUAUCUGAACUUUGCAAUGAUGUCUACACAAAAUACCAAGUAACAACCCAGCAAGCCAACAACCUGGAAACAGCAACAAGAAACCAGUCCAUCAGUUCCUUGUGGUACCAGCAUCGUAUGGGCAGAAUCACUGCUUCCCAAGCCCAUGAUGUCUUAACACGUAGAGUGACAACACCAGCAGAUAACCUUGUCAAGCGAAUUGUGGGGUAUUCAACAUACAACUUGUCAAGUAAAAAUUCCGUUAAGUGGGGCAUUGACCAUGAAGAAGAAUGCAGAAAUGCUUAUGUCCAGCACCAACAGAGCACUCAUACCAGUUUCACCUGCGUACCAUCUGGUUUUGUCAUCGAUACCAAUCAUCCAUUCCUUGGUGCAAGCCCUGAUGGUAUUGUUAGCUGUCAAUGUUGCGGUAAAGGGACCCUAGAG